CAUUUUUUGAACCUAGCUUUCCAUUCAUCAGCCACCAAUCCCGUGCUGGUGUUCGUCAUUGUUCUUGGCUGGAGACCCGUGCUCGGGCUUGCUGAAAAUCCACAAGCAGGGAUUUGACAAUGUGGAGACUUGUCCGAGACGCGUGCGGGGUAGGCGUAUCUCGACGCAGCGCGACGCGUUAAACUCAAAAAAAUCGACUCACCGCCUUAUACUGCCGGAUUUUGCCCAGAAUUCUACAAGCUGCGCAAACCUCAACUCCAAGGUUGGCCUGGUCGCACUGAGUUAGCAAGCACGAGGCAGCACAGGGCUGCGGGCUCGAUAAACUUCGCCAACGCCCGCGCAGCCCAUUAUCAAUCUUCCACAAUUGCCAAAUACAUGCCCCAACCCAUUCUUUAUGCCAUCUCUCCGAUCUCGAAAAUCGCCCCGAUCUAUUUCUUCUCGCCAACACCAGCCGUGCCUCUCUCGGGCGACGGCCCUCCGUGGGCGUCAAGAUGGGCAACGAAGGCAGCAAACCUGUCGCCGAGGAGGGCGCUACGGUCCUCAAUAGCCCAGAGCGCGAACUGACCCCGCCUCCCGGCACCGGUCGAUACGCAGGCGACGACACUGUGAAGGCCGAACCCGGCACCAGCAGUCCCCCAAGAUCUAGCCUCAAUAUCGGAACUCCAGACAAACGCGGCGCAACACAGUUUCACCAUGGCUUUCCGGACUUGCAGAGUCAGCGCAAACAUGUCAUUUCUGCUUCGAACCCCGAGUUUCAUCACGAACUUCCCUACCUGAGCAGUCCGAACAGGGUCCGCCCACCAUCCCCGCCACCUGCGACGGAGCCCACGCCCUUUGUCAUGCCCGAUAUCAUCGAUGGGUUGCCUCAGCUGCCUCCUUCGUCCCCGAAUGAGACGAAGCCCGCCCUCUCUCGAAAAAGGCAACGCGCGCCCGCUGCACUCGCUCAGAACCAGGAACGGGAGCCGGCGAGUCCACUUCCGGCUUCAUCAGCAGUUUCCGCCGAAGCCGUUACACCCCAAGGCUUGACCAAGGCGCAGCGCAAGGAACUCAGGAGGCAACGCAAGAUAGCCAAAAGGUCUGGCGCAACUUCAUCGGACUUUUCACCAUCGCUGAACGGCGCUGGCGCUGGUGAUACCCUUCCCGCGGAGAGCCUGCCGGCUCUGGUGGAGGAACCUGAAGAUGGACACUUCGAUGCGAUGCAGGAUGCGGCUCCAUCUUCCAAGAAAAAGAAGAGCCACAGCAAACGUACCAUAAACGGCCUAUUGCCACGAUCUGAAAACCAGGCUUCUGAGCCCAUCGACCAGCCUGAGGAGCCUGCCAACGGCAUCGAUCUCUCUCAUCACAGGACAGAGGAGGAGGGGGUUGUAGAAGCGUCUCACAUUGAUGGAGCCCGGGAUAUGCAAAUCGACAGUGGCGGCGAAAGCGUUGCUUUGCGCAAGCGGAAGCAGUCGUCUCAGGCUACCCUAGCCGCGGAGCAGAAACAGGCCAAGAAGGUUAGGAAGGCGCACGAGCGCGGCGUCAGUGGGGGCUCUCUCAACGGUGAGGCUGCGCAUGCCCAAGUUGGUGAUGAGGAGAUGCCGGAUGCAAACCGGCCUAUGACGCCAGAGACAGGAUCUCCGCGACUAUCUGCCGCCGACCUUGGUGCUGUCAAUGGUCGCCCCGAGAUGACAAGCCCUGAUAGCCAUGCUCCGGAUGUCGUCACACCCCAAGAGCCGCCGUCGACUGUAAAGCCCCGGAAACGGAAGGGUGACUUGCGCCAUGCAAAACUGCAGUACGCCGAGGCCAAUGGGGUUUCCACUCCUAAGCUCGCGCUCUCCGAACAACUGGCAGAAGAAGGAAUUGCCGAGGCUAGGCCAGGUUCGCCAGCUCCUGGGGACGCGAGAGCAAACUCGCACCCGAUAUCGCCUGCCGCCUCCGUAUCACCUGCUGCGCCCAGCAGUCCGGGCCAGGACCCCCCACGACCGACCCGGCAGCCGAUGCCGGAUGCACCCAUCUCGGACCCAGAGGCCAGUGAAGAAAUUCCUGACAGCGUCACCAGCAGCCUGGGGCCGCUCCGGUCUAUAAAUCGAAGCACAACAGCCCGCAAGCGGCACAGCACAGUGGCCAAGACGACCAAUGAGGCUGCCCAUUCAAACGGAGACGCUAUCGUGGCGACGCCCAAAACGCAGUCUUCACGCAAGCGAUUGCGCAAGACUGUGGACCUGCAGCCGCAAGUUGAGGAAGCAGCGGCUAAUGCGCCUGCUUCUGAUGGAAGUUCGCCAAACCACGAAGCACCAGCCCCGGACGGUCUCAGCGGGGAUGACGCAACAAAUCUGGCUAGCUCUAGACAGGAGCUGGCAUCCACCCCUCGCCAUGAGGACGAGGCCGAGAGUUCUCAGUCUGGGCGAAGAUCUACGAGGAAGAGAGUAAGCAGGCCCUCGUAUUUCGAGAGAGAAGUGCAGUCAAACAAGCAAGUACUCAAAGAACUACCCGCGCCCGAGGCUGCCACACCACUCAAGAAACCCCAGAGAACAGCUGCGUCGGCUACAAAGCGCAAGACCAAGGAGAAAAGGAACAAGAAUGACUACGCAUCAGGGCCUUUCACGGCCCAAGAGAAUGCAGCGAUUAAGCGGGCUGUCGAAGAGUUCCGAGUCGAUAAUGACAUGUCGCAAGUGGCGAUAAACACCAUGAUCCACGAGAACCCGGCCUCCGCCGAGAGCACAGACCUGCACAGGAAACUGUGGGAUGACGUCUUGCCCGUAUGCCCCGACCGCAAGCGACAGAAGAUCAUUCUCCGUGCCCGUGCCAUGUUCCACAACUUCGCUGCGCGUGGAGUCUUCACGGCAGAAGAAGACGAACAGUUGCGCGAGCUCGUUGAGAGGAUGGGACAAAAGUGGGCGGAAAUCGGCAAGAUUGUUGACCGCAACCCACUCGACCUACGCGACCGAUGGCGGAACUAUGCCGUGUGCGGCGAUAAGAGGAAGACGACCGCCUGGAACGAGGAUGAAGCCUCUAGGCUGGUUGACUUGGUGGUGGAUUCUAUGAAGACCACCCUGAGGUCGCGUGGUCAGGAGUUCUCCGACGUGGAGUCCAGGGAGCAGGCAGAGAAAGACGUGCCCUGGGACCUCAUCAGCAUGCACAUGGACCGAACACGUUCCGCCAAGCAAUGUCGCGAGAAGUGGUCUUGGCUCCAAGCACGGCUGGCUCAGAAUGAGGACGGAUCCGGCAGCGAAGACGAUGUUGUCGCCCAAGCCCUGGAGAAGAUGCGAGCAGGUCUCCGCAAGAUGACACCAGCAGACAAGCACGCAUUGAUUAGGGCGAUCCACAAAACCAAUGUUUCCACGGACGAAAAGAUUCCAUGGCCGAAGCUUGGGGACGCCGCAUUCCGGAAACGAUGGAACCUCGAUACGCUCCGCAUCAUGUGGUCUCGCCUGCGUCCAACGGUCUCUGGCCACGAGCACCUGAGCACCAGGAGUGUGGCACAGGCGCUUCUGGACAGCUACGACAGGGAUCAAGUCUUGACGCAGCUUGAAGAUGACGAUGUCGACGACGAUGUGGAAGUUUCCAUCUUAGACGCAACCUCGGUGGAGAAACGGCCUCGUGACUCUCGAAAAUCGAGCGCGAGCGACGCGGCACCUAGCGCGUUGAGAAAGAGGAAGAGGCAACACACGAAGGAAGGCACCCAGGAGAAGCAGGGUUCUGGUGGCGAAGGCGCAUCGGGGAUUUCGGCGAAAGGCAUACAGACUCCCAAGCGCCGUCGAGCUGGGGAAAGCUUUGGAGUUGCACAGAGACUGUCGGCCCAGUUAUCGAGCGCUCGUGCCAGCCAGUUGAAGAGACCAAGGUCGGCCGGCGCGCAACUGAGCAAGGAGUUCGUGGAGAACAGCGACGGCUCGGACGGCGAAGAUGGACGUCCCCGUUCACCCGAGGUCCCAGCCUCUCCGGAGCCACCGGAGCGAUCGACAACCGGGGAGGAGGCAACGGUCGAGACUUCGCAGCUUGGCAAUAACAACGCAGCCAGCAGCCACUCACCAAUGGACGACGGCGCGGGGGGUAGUGACGAUGAAGAUGGCGAUGACGCUAGGGCCGAGACAGAAAGUGUCGAUCUAGGCGCGCAGCCAGGAUCCAGUGAGAAGCCCAAUGGAACUCACAAGGCGGUUAGCAUAACCGAGGAUAUUCUGUCCGAGGCUGAACCGCAGGAUCAAAAGGAGACAUCCACACCAGCCGCAGUUUCCAGAAAGCGUCAAGCCUCGCCAACAUUCUCUCCAGCUUUUGCCCAUGGCAGAUUCAAGAAGCAGCGGCCAUCGAUGCAGACGUAUUCCUCCAAGAAGACGCCAAGGACUCCUUUCUCCGCCAGGAGAACCUUUGACGACGUCUACGACGACAUUGAGGAGGCCCAUGGAGAGUCGUCACAGCCAGCACCUGCCUCUGCCGAAAAGAGUGUCGGAAACAAGCAAGGCGCUUCGGCGCAGCCCGCGCUUAUUGCGGGAAAGGCACGCGAGGGUCGCAAACUUGCCGCACUGGAGAGCGACUCGGAUUCGGACAUGGAAGACAUACCCGCCACCUUGCCCAAGCUGACCGCCCACAAUACCAAGGACGUGAGCGACAGCGAGAAGGAGCGCCGCCGUCUCGACCAGGAGAGUGAUGAGGACUCGGACAUGGAAGACAUACCCGCCCGGCUGCCUGGCACGGCCGAGGACUCGGGGUGAGGGACGGUUUUGGCCCGUUGGAGUUGCUUCUGUCACUUCACUUGCCUUAUUUAGCGUACAUUCUACGGAAUAGCUAGGUACCUACCUACCCAGGUACCUUGUUCGGCCCUGCUCUACUCUUUUGUUCUGUUGGCCGACCGGUUGAUUCCUCGCGCUGUUGGUAUUUUGCCCCAUUCUUUUCAGACUCAGGUGACUCCUCCUCGGACACGUACCCCUUCUUUUGGCCAGCGAGGGCUAUUUGUAUUUAUUGUGCUUGUGUAUAUAUACCCAACAUCGAGCAUUCACUGCUUGACUUUCCCUCAUUCCCGUUCUGGGUUAUGCCCUUCUUUCUCUCUGUUGCCCUCUUCGUCUCGGCCUUGGCCUUGGCUUGGCACCCGCCUGACGAGUGCCCGUAUUGCUUUGGUCCACGUUUUCUUUUCUCUCUUCGUUUCGACACGUGAACCUCUAGCAUCGCAGACAUUCGCAGGCGUGGGGGACGCAGAGAGCGCCCGAGUCGUGCUCAUGUUCAGUCUGUCCCGGCGACUAUUCUUUCCUUUUCUCGGCGUACAAUUCACCCCAUAGCUGUAGGCAGUCCAUUAGCCAUGUGAUCAACGACCCAAUGGCUCGUCGCGACCUGCAUCUUGCAUCUGCU